UCAGCACCACGGCGAGCGGACAGCUCCCUGGGCAGCUCCCUCCGCUCCGCUCUUAAUUCGCUCCUGCUCCGCUUUUCAUUCGCUCUUUCGACCCGUCCAGCCAAGAGAUCCCAGCGGCUGCCUCUUUGGGAAUUAGAAGAAAAGUCUGAACAAUGAAUGAGGCUCGGAGGUCAGCCAUGGGUAGCUCGGAGGUGUGAACCCGCAGCCAGGUAGAUCGCCCCUCAAAAGCGCAGCUAAGAAGCAUCGCAAGGAGAACGUCUUCUCUGACAUGAAGGACAAGUUCAUGAACAAACUGGGCAAACUUCCAAUCCCGCCCUGGGCUUUGGCCUCCAUCCUCAUCGUCGUCGCCCUCCUCCUCCUCUGCUGCUGCUUCUGCGCCUGCAAGAAAUGCUGCGGCAAAAAGAAGAAAGGGAAGAAAGGGAAAGACAAAGUGAAGGCCCAGAUCAACAUGAAGGAGGUGAAGGAGCUGGGCAAGAGCUACAUUGAUAAGGUCCAGCCUGAGAUAGAGGAUUUGGACCCAUCCCUGUUGCAGGAACCGAAGGAGGAAAAACCUCAGGAGAAAUUGGGGAAACUUCAGUACUCGCUUGACUAUGACUUCCAAAGCACCCAGCUUGUGGUGGGCAUUUUACAAGCGGCUGAUCUCCCAGCGUUGGACAUUGGGGGCACCUCUGACCCUUACGUCAAGGUCUUCCUGCUACCAGAGAAGAAGAAGAAAUUCGAGACCAAAGUCCACCGCAAAACCCUCACCCCCACAUUCAACGAGUCGUUCACAUUUAAGGUUCCCUAUUCAGAACUGGGGGGCAAGACCCUCGUCAUGGCUGUUUAUGACUUUGACCGCUUCUCCAAACACGACGCCAUAGGGGAGAUCCGCAUCCCCAUGAACACUGUGGACUUGGCACAUGUGAUCGAGGAAUGGCGGGACCUGCAGUCGGCAGAGAAAGAAGAGCAUGAGAAGCUGGGAGACGUUUGCUUUUCGCUGCGGUACGUCCCCACAGCUGGGAAGCUGACGGUCAUUGUGCUAGAAGCCAAAAACCUCAAGAAGAUGGAUGUGGGGGGACUGUCAGACCCCUAUGUUAAAAUCCAUCUCAUGCAGGGCGGGAAACGUAUCAAGAAGAAGAAAACGACUAUAAAGAAAAAUACCCUGAAUCCCUAUUACAAUGAAUCCUUCAGUUUUGAGGUGCCUUUUGAACAAAUCCAGAAAGUCCAGGUCGUUCUGACAGUCCUCGACUAUGACAAACUGGGCAAGAACGAAGCUAUCGGGAAGGUCUUCGUUGGAUGCAACGCGACAGGUGCCGAGCUGCGCCAUUGGUCCGACAUGCUGGCCAAUCCGCGGAGACCCAUUGCCCAGUGGCACACACUGCAGCCUGAAGAAGAGGUGGAUGCGGUAGUGGGAAUAAAGGCCUCUUGAUGCCCUUCUCCUCUCAGCCGAUCUCUUCGGCAACAGUUCCUUCUCCCGUCCAGAGCGAAUGGGAGCGUGUGGGUGAGGCACCCCUGAAAAUACGUGUGUGUGUUGGGGACGCCUGUGAGCCUGUCUUCUCUCAGAGCCAUUCCCUGUUUAAAACAAACAAACAAACAAAAAAACAUCUCCAAGAGAAAAAAAAAUCCGCUGUUUUUUAUCCACUGUGUGAAAAAGGAAAGAAGCUUACACAGUAGUUUAACCUGGGCGAGAGAUUUACUAUAGGUUUGCUAUGAGGCUUACAGAACAACCUGUGUAGGUUUAGGUGUUGGCGUUUCAGAUGUCAACACACUGCUUUUUGAAACUGAGUACUAAGUGCAAGCAUUUAGCCCAACAAAAUAACCGGAUAUUGAAUUACAAAGCUAGUUUUUUUUCAAAACAAUCCUCAAAGAAAUGUAUUGUUUGUCUUUGAAACAAAAACUUUUACAUUUACUAAAGGUUUUGGUAGAAGGUCAGUUUCAUAUACCUUUUGGACAGUGUACUACAGUGCCAUGUUUGAAAACUAGAACAUAAAUCUAUUGUAAAUAACAUUUACCAAUUUGUUUACAAUAGGUUUACUACAGGACUGUAACAAGUUGUAUUCUUUGGUAACAUUAACAAUACAACUUUGCUGAACGUUGUAUUAUACUACUGCUUUAAAAAGUUGGGGAAAACAGGCCAGAAACCUUAUAAAAAUAGUUUUAAAAUAUAAUUUUAGUAACUUGAUGAUGGCUUUAUAUUAUGACUAAGAUAGUUUUAUGUUUUUGGUCAUUGUCUUAUGAAAUAUUUAAAACAUGGGUAUCCUGAGCAAAUUGAUGCCCCAAAUUAUGUUUAGAUCAGGAUAAGAUUACAAAAAAUUGUUGUGUGUGGGCCUCAUAUAUAAAACUUUGGUAAAUGGGUUUGACAUAGAUGUAGAAUAUCCUAAUGAUUUUAUUACAAACUGUUUGCCUAAUUGUCAGACUUUUAAAAACCAGCCCUUAGUCACAAACUACUGUGGAUAUGUUUACCCUAUGUUUGUAAUAGGAUUUUUUUAGAUUACUGGUACUACCGUUUUAUGGAUUUUGAUGUAAAAAGCAUAGUAGAGUUUUAAGCAUCAUCAAAUUAAGGUACUCAUAUAGAUUAUUCUCUUUAUUUCUGCUUACUUAUAACAGUUCCAACAUAACCAUUCAUCAGUUUUAUGGCAUGGUUAACACAUGUUUUACAACAUAUUUAUGAAACUUUCGAUAUGGGUAUUACAGACAUUUGCUCUAGGCUUUUUGUGGACAUCUAGUAGAUUAACUACUGAUUUAAUAAUGGCUCUUACCCAAACAAAAGUUACCUUUGCUAUGUUAAAACAUGUUUACAUUUUUGCUACGAGUUUAAGACUGGUUUAUUAUACAACUGCAAUGGGUUUACUGUUUGUUAGCAACCAGUUUGAUGCAUUUUAUAUGAAGAAAAUUAACAGGAAGUUUACUACAGAAUUUACAACGGUUUUCCAUUGGCCAGACCAUGUUUACAACACCUUUGCUAUGAUAAUUUUAGAAAAUUCAUUAGUUUUUGUCUGUCUAGAUAACUGUUACAGUUUCAUCUUGCUGUAUCUCAAAGAGACUUGAGACAAGUUUCUCAAACUCAAACUCAAAGAAACUUGAGACAAGCUCUCCUCCAUUUUAUCCUCACAGCAUACUUGUGAGGUAAAUUAGACUGAGAGAGAGAAACAGGCUCAGGCCUCAAUAGGAUCCCCUAAUCUCAGUCAGCCUUACUAACCACAACACCAUACAGAUUCUAAAUUUUUUAAGUGACUGAAACACAUUUGUCUUAUAGCACUGCCAGCAGCUUCUAGCAGCUCUGAAAUUAAAUUGAAAUUUAAUUCACACUAACAGUUUGGGUUUUCCAGUCCCAAAUCCAUAUAUUGUAUUUAACUUGCAUCAAUAUAAAAUUGCAAUUUUGGGCAAGGGUUUGUGUGGGUUUUAGUGUAAUUUUCUACUUUUGCUGUCACCGUGAAUAUAUGUUUGUAUAUCUGGGGAAAUACUCAAAUUUUAUGAAAAAAAAUAUGCUUUUUGGUUGCCAGAGUAUAAAUUAGAAACGAAGAAAAGAAACUAAAAAUGAAAUGUAUCAUUUUUUUUUAAAAAAAAUUCAAAUAUGAACUAUGGAUAUUAAUAUUAGGAAUUUUUCUCCUGGUUUUGCCCCAAUAUUUGAUGCAG